UAGGGUGGCUCACCUUUCAAGCCAGUGGUUGUCCAUUCAAUACAGCCUAAUAUACCUUGCGUUAUGGCUAGUUCUACAAUUGUUCAUGCCGCCUGUUUCGCGGUUGGUGCUCUGGUCGGAGGUGGUGUUGCGACAGCUGUAUCAUCCAGGAGGAGGCCAAUCUCUCCAGUCACACAAACGGCUGAAGAAACACGCGUGUCCCCAGCAUUCAUCGAGCUAGGGCCUAGUGGAAGCGCCAGGUUGUCAAGCACAGCCCUUGCUGCCUCUACCCCAUCACCAGUGCUGAAGUAUGGCAAUCCAGGUCCUGUCUCGGAUCUGCUCGUGCGCAAGGCCUAUGUGGCAGCUUACGACCGAAGACUUCGGCACCCAGCAUGGACAGCAGAGCAUUUAACACUGUCGUCCUUGGGUCGUUCUCCUGAGAAUGGCGAUCGUUCAAAAUCGACGUUCACGGAAGAUGAAGCUUUACCCACUCCUUUCCGCGCAUUGCUCAAAGAUUACUUCAAGAGUGGUUAUGACCGUGGUCAUAUGGUCCCUGCUGCUGAUGCAAAAUCAUCACAAGAAGCCAUGAAUGAGACCUUCCUUCUGUCGAAUAUUGCCCCUCAAGUUGGUGCGGGCUUCAACCGACACUAUUGGGCUUACUUAGAGGACUGGUGUCGGCGCCUUACUGGAUCGUUCUCAGAUGUCUAUGUAUUCACCGUACCACUGUAUCUUCCUCGUCAAGAAUCGGAUGGAAAAUGGAGAGUGACUCACGAAGUGAUUGGUUCACCACCUAAUGUUGCUGUCCCAACCCAUUUUGCCAAGGUGGUCCUGACCUCUCGUCCCUCGUCACCCUCAACGCCUGAUGUCCCAGAAAUAUCCACUGGAGCAUUCGUUUUGCCUAAUGCAGUCAUUGCUGACGACGCACCUCUGGAAAGCUUUGUUGUGCCUAUCGAAGCUGUUGAACGUGCGGCGGGCCUCACACUUUUCUCUGAUGUUUUGAAGACCAAGUCGAAACAUAUUUGCAAGAGUACGACGUGUGAUGUCACCGUUCGUAGGUUUGACGAUGCGCAGAAAAGGCCAGAUGUGCGAAAAGCUAUCUCGGCACCCAAGUAGUGUUAUAUAAAUUAGUGUAGUUAGCUAUUCUGGAUACUACCACUGCACAACCAAUGAGAGUUAUAUAUUAGAUCUCAAUAGCACGAGUAUUAAGCGUCCGAAAGCAUGUCUUUGAUACCUGUCCAGUACUCUGGAUCCACUCUUCUAGAUAUCUCCCCCUUGGUCAACCAUGCGAAAUCCAACACGCGCUUUGGAUCUGGACGAGCUUGGCCCGCCAUGAUGUGAGCCUUGUAGAAGAAGACCACAGCUUUGAACUGGGCUCGGCUACAGACGACGGAUGGUAAACACCUAUCGGGUUACGGCUAACUAUCCACGUAUCCAUGUGGCUCCCACAUUCGGCUUC